CAGCCAAUAGCAGAGCAGCAGAGAGAGCAGCCUGUAAUAAAACUCUCUGAGCGACUCGCACAGUCGCUCCCAGUUACUGCAGGGUCAAGAACCUGGAACGUUAGCGGGAUUACAACGCCGACUUUUCUACAGUUCGGCUAUAACAGCGUCGUGAAAUCAUGAGCAAAGAGAUGGAAAUGAAGGAGGUCGAGCUGAACGAGCUGGACCAGGAGAAGCAGCCAAUGACCGGAGAGACUCCGGCAGGAACGGAGAAGAACGGCUGCGUGAGGGUGAAGGUCCCGGAGGACACCGAAGUCAAAUUCACCGGCCUGUCCAAAGAGGAGCUGAUGAGAGUGGCGGGGACUGCAGGAUGGGUGCGGACUCGCUGGAUCUUGCUGGUUCUGUUCUGGCUGGGCUGGGUUGGCAUGCUGGCUGGGGCAGUGGUGAUCAUUGUUCAGGCUCCGCGGUGUAAACCCAUCCCUGAAAUGCACUGGUGGAAUGAGGGUCCUCUCUACCAGAUUGCUGAUGUGAGCGCCUUCUCUGGAGACAAUGGCUUUAAAGGCAUAGAGGAAAAGCUGGACAGUUUGAACCAGCUGAAGGUGAAAGGUUUGGUUCUUGGCCCUAUACACAGUGUUCAGGCAGACCAGCCGAGCACUCUGGAUUUAAAGACCAUUAAUCCGGUGGUGGGCAACGAGAAAGACCUGAACAGCCUGCUUGAAAGAGCCCACAAAAAGGGUAUCUCCAUAGUGCUGGAUCUGACACCCAACUAUGAGGGAGCUACAGCUUGGUUCAACAAUGCUGCUUCUGUUGCUGAGCAAUUCAAGGCUGCAUGUGCCUACUGGCUCCAUAAGGGAGUGGAUGGCUUCCUUGUGUCUGAUCUGGGCCAGAUUGCCAAUACUGGUAGCUGGCCAUUCAUUCAGGCUGUUGUCCAAACCAACGCCACAGAAGGGACCAAGAAAACGGCUCUGAUGGGCUCUGUCACCGGUGUGUCUGUGGAUGAUGCCUCUCUGCUUCUGAAUCACUCUGGAGUUGACCUGCUGCUAACCAGCCUGCCAGAUCUAACCCAGUCUGGGGUGGACCAGGCUCGGACCAUCAAUAAGCUUUAUUCUAGCCAUCCACAGACCAGCCUGGGCUGGAGCUUGAGUGGACGCUUGUUAGGUCCACUCACCUCCAGAUCUUCAGCUGUACCCAUACGCCUCUACCACAUGCUGCUUCUCACCCUGCCUGGCACUCCAGUGUUCAACAGUGGGGAUGAGGUCGGGCUGAAAGCGGGGGAACCUCUUGAUGCAAUCUGGGACUUGGAAAGUCCAGCUGAGGAGAAAAAUGAAACUGCAAAGACUGUACGAGCGGAACGCAGUGAGCUGCGAAGCUUUUUCAAGGCUCUCAGUGAUCUGAGAGUUAAAGAACGAUCUCUGCUCCAUGGAGACUUCGCCUCUCUCUACAGCUCUGCCUCCUCUUUUGCAUUCCUCCGCCUGUGGGAUCAGAGUGAACGCUUCAUCACUGCCUUAAACUGGGGUGAUGCCCCUGCCACCAUGACGCUGGCCAAUAGUGACCUGCCCUCGGAGGCCCGCGUCCGUCUCAGCACUGAUGUGGAGAAGCUAGCUGUAGAUGACAUGGUAUCACUAGAGAAACUGGAGCUAGGGCCCAAACAGGCUGUGUUACUGUCGUACCCUUAUACAGGAUAGACACAUAAUUAAAAACGCACAUACACACACAGACAAAGACCCUUUGUGCAUUGUUUUAUCACCAUCAGGACUUCCUUGUAAGGUUAAAGUGGAAUUCCAUUUAUUUUUCAAAAGCUCUACAUAAAAACAAUCAUAGAGAUGUAAAUAAAGCGAUGUGAAACGGAGCUUGGUAUAAAACUUACCAACUCAGUAGUGGUGACAGAAACCAGGCAUCUACAGCACAAAUAUAACCUUUUUAUUUACCAUUUAAAAUGACCCUAUACAAGUCUUCUAAAUUGUUAUAUUCAUUGUUGAUAAUGGUAAAAUAGUGUUAAAUCUGAAACAAAUAAGUUUUCUCUGGGGACUGUUUGGCCUUACAAUAUUUAAAAAGUAAGUUUAGAUCCCUAUCCUAGCCAAAUCCCAAAUCCCCUAUCCAAGACAAUGAGACAUCAGGCAGCAUUCAUAAGCACUUCAAAUAUGAACUUUCUGUGAGGGAACUUUUUGAGGUAAGCCUAUUAAAGUCUUUAGAUGUCUGGCUUUUAUUACCACCACUCUGAACAAUUCUGACUAGAAGUUUCUAUAGAACGCCAUACUUCACAUCAAACCACUUUGAAUGGCUUUUUUAACAUCCUGAUGAUUUAUUUAAUUAUUUUAAAAAGCUGUAGAAUUCUCUUAGUGUUAAAUGUUUGACAAGUUCGUUUGUUCUCAUCAGUUCAUAAUUAUUAUGGAAAAAUGGAAUCUGUGUGUUAGAUUAGGUCAGUAUCAGCAUAUGUUUUGUAGUAGUUUAGGAUAUUAGGAUAGUUGUAGGGGCACUUACUGGAACACAAACUGUCUUGUGAAAGUUAGGGGGUCAUUGGAUAUUCCAACUUUGUGUGUGAAUUGAUGGAAAGUGAAAAAUUAAAUAUAACACAGUUCAACUGCA